AAAAAGGGCAAAAAGCAGGACAACAGAGUAGAAGACCGACAGCAGUGCCGGAGGGGCAGAGUAAACGGCCCCCCGAGCUUUGUGAAGAAACAGCCGUAUUUGUCGCAGGAAUUCAUCAGCCAGCACGCGAUUCAGCGUGACGGACGACUCUUCUGCAAGUUCUUUCUCAGCGGGAGGUGCAUCAAAGAGGAAGCGUGCAAGUUUGAACAUGAGUUUGUGGUUCCGGACAAGAAGCAGGAACUCUGUAAAUUCUACGUACUGGGCUUCUGCACCAAAGGAGCGGAUUGUAUCUACAUGCACAAUGACUAUCCGUGCAAAUUCUUCCACACAGGGACAAAGUGUUACCAAGGAGACCACUGCAAGUUUUCCCAUGAUCCCCUGACAGAGGUGACAAGACCCCUGUUGGAGAAGGUUCUAAACAAAAAUGAGGAAGAUGAGGGAAAACAGGAGAAUUCGGUUCCCUCGGCCACAGCGCCCCCACCUCCGUCUACUGACAGUAAACCACUGCAGCUGGGUCUCAGGCCUAACUUCUACAACAGUUCCAGUCUGUUGUCAGGGCCCCCACUCCCUUCAGUGUCGUUGGUCACUGCAGACAACCCAGCUGAAAGCCUCUUCCCUCCAUUGCCUCCCCUGGAACCACUUAACAGCCCCAGUUCCAGCCCACAUCCUGUUGUGCCCCCUGGAGAUUCUGAUGCUGAGGACCAGAAGAUCGAGGCUAAAGUGGGCCAUCUUCAGCCCAUUGCUGUACGUGGAGGUUCCACAUAUGAAGAGCAGGACACUGAGGCGAGGCUAAAGGACACUCCAGUGGUCAUUCCUCUGGAUCUGUUACCAGGGGUGGUGCUGAAGGACCCCCGACGUCCAUACCAAAUGCUCGGUGAACUCACUUUGUCCUGGCCCGCCUUCGCUCACGCUGUGGACUCUCUGCACAAGUACAAGUCGCUCUCCUGCACCCCUCUGCUCAACAACAGCACCCAAGAAGCCCCCGCAGCAAGCUCUGACAAUCAAACCGGAGACACUUCAGGCACAAUGGAAGUUCGGUCCUUGACCACGGGUCCCGUGGACCCCCCAGGGGUGCCCCCAGGUCAGGAGGGCGACGUGCAAUAUGAGAACACUGCUGCUCCUGCAGUGCACAACCUGCCAGUCCUUCCUCUGGCCACAUGGGGGCGCCAGGCUCACACAGCACCAUCCCAUGUUGGAACCCAAGUGAAGACCACCUCUGUGUUUCAGGACAUGUUUAAAACCCCACUGCCUUUGCUGUCCUCAAGUGACAACACUGUGUAG